AUGCCUCUCUUUGGCAUACGGCCCAACGACGAUGACUUCCUCGUUCCUCACCUGGGGGACAAGGGUGCAUACUCGACCCAUGCAUCGCGCUUUGGUCUGCCUCUUCCCUCGACGGGCUCGACGGGCUUGUUCAAAGAUGACGCUCAAGCAUUGGCGUUCCGAUUACCUAGUCUGGACAGUCGAUCGGGAACAGCGGCUUUGUUCGAGGACGUGAUUCUCAAUAAUGUCGUGCUCAAGCAGAAGCAAGAGCAGCAACGAGCGGCCAACGUUCAUGAGCGACACGCGCUCGAGGUUGAGAGAACGGCGGUCGAUAAUCUCCUGCUCGAGAAGGAGCAGAGUACGCCUGGGCCAUCGACUCGCCGCGAUAUAUGGGGUCAAGCUGCGUCGAAUGAGGUGCACAAGGUACGCGUCCAGUAACCCGUGGAGAGGCGUGUGCUCUUGGGCUCAUCUCACCGCGACUUCGCCUACAGAGCGCGCCUCAGUUGUCGACUUGGGACAAUCUCGACCGAUCAGACAAGUCGUACGCGUCACCUUUCUUCAGUGAAGCGCCGGCGAGAGUGUGGGAAGCAGAGCUGUAUGUGCAAGCUUGGGUUUGGAGACCGUUCUUGGCACCAUCUGAGCGUCUCCUGUCCUCUCCACAGCUCGCUCACCUCGGAGCGAACAUCCCGGGCCCCAGCUUAUGCCCACGCUGUCAUCCUCGACAACCUCAUGACCAUAGUCCGUGGUCUCGACUCCGUCUUGUUCGCAUGGGACACGGAAAAAGAACGCUACGUCUGGCGAGCCGAUCUCAAAGGAAAGGCCAAAUCCGGCCUCGAGAACCGGGGAAGGUUCGUCGGCAUCUCGCUCGAGGCAUCGCAUAGGUCAGUCAGAGGAUCCCACGCGACUGGUAGACUCGGAGUCGAGACUAAUCGCAAAGGCGGUCCUUCGUUGACAGUUACAUCCAACGCUUCUUCUUCCUCGCUACUUCGAUGAGCCGAUUGGACGAGGUCGCGCGAUCGCUCGUUGAGCCAUCUUCGAACCCUUCGACCAUAGCUCAUGCCGUGUCGUCAUCGCUCUCCGCUUUCAUCGACUGGGCCCGAGAGGAAGUGGUCAGAUUAUGUCCCACGCAACUCGAGGAUCCUAGCGACCCAAGCUCCCGCGAUGGUCUCGCCGUCGUAUGGGCCAGAUUGGCAGAUCUCGCUCGAGUCGUCGAGUCCGUCUCGACCAUCUUUCAACGCCAAUACCGCAUGGUCCCACCUUUGGCACCCAUGCCACGGACGACGGCCUCUCUCCUCAGUCUUUUGCACGAUAACCUCAAACACCACUUGGCAUAUUCAUUGACGCCUCCCUUGUUGGAGCAAACGACGUCGGCGUGGCUCUUGAACCAUGCAUUGUCGGCUUGGUGGACGGGGUGGGAAGCCUGGGUUGGAAUUGCUGAAUCAUCACACCAUGAGAGUGAACAUACCUGGGCCGAUUUAGGGAUCGAAGUGGAGAUUACGAAGAGGGAGUUAUCGAUGCUUCAAGUUCGCAACGCGGGUUCGGGAAUGGAAGAGCUUUCCCGGACUAGAUAUAGGGUAAGUCAGGAUCGAGGCCGUUUCGGCAGAGUCAUCUACUUUUUGUGGACCUCAUUUGUUUGAGCCGCUCUCACACAGCUUCACCUGUCAAGGAUACCGACGUUCUUCCCUCGCAAUGUUGCUAUCGAGCUGUUUGAAGCUGGUCGGGCAUUGCGUCUGCUGCGUCGAGCAAAGCCGGAUCAUCCACUCUCGAGACCACAGAGGAUACAGAAUGCGGGACGAGGAAUCCGAUGGGAUGUUGGAGAUGAUGAGAGGUACGUUUCGCGGUGAACUGAAGAUUCCCGAGGGCUGGGCUGACGUGAAACUCGCUUUCACGACUCUUUCAGCUUCUUCCAAGCCGUUCGGACACGGGUCGCUCAACUUCGAAAUGAUGUGAGGGCAUGGCAAGUCGGCAAAUACGCGCCUGUCGUUCUGCCAGAUAAUACUUUCUUGGUCAAACUCGACGUACAUACCUCUGCAUCAUCACUCAAGUACCCUGCCGAACUAGCGGACCUAUUUGGGCGCUUCACGGCUCUGUCGGUCGCGAACGCUCUGACUGCUCCGCACUGGUCGACGGACACAGGGAUCGGCUCGUUCCUCGCCGAUCGCAUCGAGUCUCCCACCUUCUCGAUCCUCCCUCCCUCAAGACCUAACUUGGACAUCCUCCUUUCGACAUCACUCUAUCGCCCGCUCUCCAUCUUCGGCCACCUACCCUCGGCAGCGCUCCUCACGCUCUUCUUCACCGACCUAGCCCUAACCUCCCACCUCGACGUCCUCCACUCCUUCCUUCUCUUCGGUGACGCUUCCUUUGUCCAACGUUUCCGCGAUGCCUUGUUCGCUCCUCCCGAGGAGAGGGAAGGCAGUUCGAUCCAACGUCGUCGAGCGCGGGACGUGAACGUCUGGGGAACCAAGGAUCAAGGCGAGCUAGGUGCGGAAAGGGAUGGUUGGGGGAUCGGGAUCGGUAUUCGAGGGAUGACGGAUCAAACGAAUUGGCCUCCUGGUGGUGCGGAAUUAGCCCUGGCGCUUCGAGCUGCGUUGGCUGAAUCGAUCCAAGAACGCAUCGAAUCCGUCGAUCGAAAGAUGGAAGACCCUCAAAUGAAGCACGACAAAGCGCAAGUGAACGAUGCUCAAGUCUGGCGUUCGGUUGAUUCGAGAUUAUCGUUCGCUUAUCGUCACGACGAAGUCGAGAUGGAUCCCAACAGUCUCACGGCGUUCAAUUUCCUCUACCUCGAUUACAAGGCACCUUCACCCCUCGAUCUGGUCAUCAUCCCUUCCGUACAAGGCAAGUACCAACAGAUCUUCACCCACUUGCUCAAGAUGAUGAGGAUCGAAGCCGUGAUGCGCAAUUUGACGCUCGAUAUCACCAAACCGGUCGUUUUCGGUCUUUCACGAAACGGAAGAUUGGACGACAAGACGAAAGGGGAGCCCGUACCCUCACUUCUGUUGGACGUGAAGCCCUUUGAUUUUCGAGCGCGUAAAGCCUUGAUCGCUUUGUGUUUCGAACUUCGUACCCUCGUCAAUAGUAUCACGGGACACGCGUACCAUUCCGCCAUUGACGCCAACGUAUCGAGGUUCAAGACGUCACUACAAGGGAUCGAACGGGCGUUGCAUCAACAACUCCACCCGGGCAAAAUGUGUCCGACGGACGAAGAAGAGGAUGAUGAUCCCGACUCGGCAGGCGUAUGGAAUCUUGAAACCCUCGAACUCGUUCAUCAGCAAUUCCUCGACCGAAUACUCCUUUCCCUCCUGCUCCAGAAACGCCAACGACCUCUCAUGCGCGUCGUGACGGAAGGGAUCUUCCAAGUCGUCCUUGAUUUGGGUCGAGCGGUGAAGAAGUGGAAGAAGUUCCAGGCGAGUGGGACUUGGCCCGUCCGUGCAGAGCAGACGAUCCUUGAGGAGAUCCUGGGUAUGCAUCGUGGUCUGACGAGUCAAGCGAGUACGCUCGUCAAAGUUCUCCAAGCAUUGGACGAUAGAGGCUCGUCGGCGAAAGCGUCAUCAUCAUCGGGCUCGAGCUCGUCCUUCAAGGAUCAACGAGGGAAGAAGUUGUUGGAAGAGAUGGAAGCGGGUUUCGAAGCGAAGAGUGUGGGCUAUUUGAGUGAAUGGGUGUUCGCAUUGGAUGCGAAUCGGUUUUAUGCUGGGUUGAGUAUAGUCUGA